AUGGCUCCUUCAAAGCAAAAGGCCCCCAAGGGCAGCGCCUCGAAACCAAAGUCUAAGUCUGGCGCCAUCAUCUCCGACCCUCGUUUCUCCAAUAUCCACUCCGACCCCCGAUUCCGCCUGCCGUCGAAGAAAAGCACUCAUGUCACCGUCGACAAGCGUUUCGCGCAUAUGCUGAAGGAUGACGAUUUCACACGCAAAGCCUCCGUAGACCGGUAUGGCCGCAAGAUCACCAAGGAUGCUGGUAAAAAGGAGCUUGAACGGAUGUACCGGGUCGAGGACGAGGAUGAAGACGAAGAGGACGAAGAGAAGGCCGAGGAGGAACAAAGUUCGGACGACGCCGAUGACGAUGACGAUGUCCAGAAGGAGUUGGCCAGGAUGGACAGAAAAUAUGACCCUGCCCGAGAGGGCGGCUUUUCCUCUUCGGAAGACGACAGUGAUGAGGAGGAUGAAGAAGAAGAGUUGGAGGUUCAGGAAGAGGACGCGUUCGAAUUUCCCACUGGCGGAAAGGAGGCAGAAGUCGAGGAGAUGGAAGACGCGACACCACGGCUGGCGGUUGUGAACCUGGAUUGGGAUAACGUACGAGCCGCAGAUCUCAUGGCUGUCGCAAACAGCUUCACGCCUGAAGGAGGCCGCAUACUCAACGUUACUGUCUACCCCAGCGAAUUUGGCCGCGAGCGUAUGGAACGGGAAGAAUUGGAGGGACCGCCGCGAGAAAUCUUUUCCAAGAACAAGAAGGACGACUCCAAAUUGUCUGAAGAGGACUCUGAAGAGGACUCAGAUGAUGAGGAAGAGAAGAUCAAGAACGAGCUGCUGCAGGAGGACCAGGGUGAGGAGUUUGAUUCCAAGGCGCUCCGUCAAUAUCAGCUGGAGCGUCUGCGGUAUUACUAUGCAGUCAUCACCACCGACUCUGCUGCGACGGCACGGCACCUCUAUGAGAACAUGGACGGACGCGAGUACCUAUCCAGCGCCAACUUCUUCGAUCUACGCUUCGUGCCGGAUGAGGUAUCCUUCGACGAGGACAAGCCGCGUGAUGAAUGCAAGCGCAUCCCCGACGGCUACCGACCCAACGACUUUGUCACCGACGCCCUCACUCAUUCGCGCGUCAAGCUGACCUGGGACGCUGAUGACAACCGCCGCAAGGAGAUCCAGAAGCGUGCUUUCAGCCAAAAGGAGAUUGACGAAAACGAUCUGCAAGCAUACAUCGGCUCAGACAGCUCCUCAGACGAAGACUCCGGCUCCGAAGGCGAUUCGGAGGCCGAGGUCGCAGCCGCCACCGACAAGGACGCGAAGAAGCGUGUUCGCGAAGAGAAAGCCGCGAAGCUGCGCGCCGCGCUCGGCCUGGACAGCGGCGUCUCGAGCUCCAAGAAGUCCCGCGAGGCGGACAAGCCCGUCGGCGACAUGCAAAUCACGUUCACCUCCGGGCUCUCGUCCUCCAAGGACGACAAGAAAGCCGUCUUCGAGAACGAGCCGGAGGAGUCGACCAAGGAGAAGUACAUCCGUAAGGAACGCGAGCGCAAGCAACGCCGCAAGGAACGCGCGAAGGCGCGCCGCAUGGGACUCAACCCAGACGACCCGGAGGCGCUCGCCAAGGUACGCGCCGAAGAACAAGGCGAGGCGGCCGCGGACUCGUCAGAUGGAGAAGUCGCGAAGGCGCAAGACGACAACAACGACGACGACGAUCCUUUCAACGACCCCUUCUUCGAGAACCCCGAGGAAGAGCGCAAGCGCGCCUUCAAGGAGGCAAAGAAGGCUGAAAAGCAGCGCCGGCGUGACGAACGUGAGGCCCAGGCGGCCAAGAGCGCGGCCGAGCGCGCGGAGCUCGAGCUACUCAUGGCCGAGGACGAGGGCAACUCGCACCUGCGCCACUUCGACAUCAACGAGAUCGAGAAGGCGGAGAAGAAGAAAGGCAAGAAGGGAAAGCGAGGCAAGAAGGGCAAGAAGGGCGGAGAUGCGGAGGAGGGCGAAGAGGCCGAGGGCCAGGAGGGCUUCGAGAUGGACACCCAGGACCCCCGUUUCAAGGCCCUGUUCGAGAACCACGAGUUCGCCAUCGAUCCUACCAACCCGCGCUUCAAGGGCACCAAGGGCAUGAAGGCGCUGCUGGAGGAGGGAAGGAAGAAGAGGAAGUUGGGCAGGGGCGCCGGCGGCGCGGAUGAGCUGGAGGAGGCUGAUGUCAGCAGAGGGAAGAGGGCGAGGAAGGGUGAGGAUGCGGAUGAUAAUGGUGGUAAACAGCAGGACGAUUUGAAGAAGCUGGUCGAGCGGGUCAAGGGAAAGACGAAGAAAGUCAAGGCGUGA